AUGGGCAGAUUGAUUCAGAACUUUUUCGAAGACGCGACUGUUCUAUCUCUACUACAGAUGGAUAGAUACGUGAACAAAAUCGACGUACGACAAUUGAACACUGAUAUUAUGUCGAUGGAGUUUUUCGACAUUUUGCAUAAGACAGGGACAGAAACUCCGAUUCUCCGUCACACGGGGCACAUUGUCGGAUGCCCCCCAGAUGUUCGCCAGGGAAUGACAAUAGAAGAUGAGCUGCGCAGAAUGCUUGUCGACGAAGAAUCCGACAACUAUCAACUUUUCAACGAGGACGAACGAGAUGAGUUCAUUUUCGAGCUCUUUUCGAGUCUGGUUCUCGGCGGUCCACUCUGCCAGUACGAAGACGAAAUCGAUCAAUAUCUUGAAACCACGAAAACUAUUUACAAGGACCUUGUGGCUAUCAAGCAGAACGCCGCAGGCAUAAAGGACAUUCGAACAGCUGCCUUCAUCAUCGACGUGCAGAAGCAAAAGAACUGCAUUUCCACUCACUACCAGCCAGGGGGUGCGUGCAAUCCUCAUCCGCAGACGAAGAUGUUUUUCCUCGUUGAUCCUUUCUACCGCCACAUUACUAUUCUCUCCCACCAAUGGCCCAAAAAUGCGCUCUAA